AUGUGCCACCCCCUCCACGUGCCUCUGUCCCCUCUCCCAAGCCAGUUCUCUCUUGCAGACGACGAGGACAGUGACUACCACCAGGAGCCCUACGAGGAGUCCUACAAGGACCGGCGCCGCCGGGCGCACACGCAGGCCGAGCAGAAGCGCCGCGACGCCAUCAAGAAAGGCUACGAUGACCUGCAGGCCAUCGUGCCCACCUGCGAGCAGCAGGACUUCUCCAUAGGCUCCCAGAAGCUGAGCAAGGCCAUUGUUCUCCAGAAAACCAUCGACUACAUCCAGUUCCUGCAUAAGGAAAAGAAGAAGCAAGAGGAGGAAGUUUCUACCCUCAGGAAAGAUGUGAUGGCCUUGAAGAUCAUGAAAGUGAACUAUGAGCAGAUUGUGAAAGCUCAUCAGGACAACCCGAAUGAGGGGAAGGACCAGGUCUCUGAUGAGGUGAAGUUCAAUCUUUUCCAAGGCAUCAUGGAUUCCCUGUUCCAGUCCUUCAACGCCUCCAUCUCAGUAACAAGUUUUCAGGAGCUCUCGGCUUGUGUCUUCAGCUGGAUUGAGGAGCACUGCAAGCCCCAGACGCUGCGGGACAUCGUGGUGGGGGUCCUGCACCAGCUGAAGAGCCAGCUUUACUGA